UGGACAAUAUUUAAGAGACAGUGAGCUCUCCAUUAGGUACUAUCAUAAACCUCAUUUUGUAUAGAAAUGGAAGAAUACUAUGACCUCGGCGACUAUCGCCGCUCAAUCACCAUCUCAUCUCCACAGGCUCAGACCUGGUUCAACCGCGGCCUCGUCUGGUCCUACUCAUUCAACCAUGAAGAAGGAAAGCGCUGCUUUAUUCGAGCCACAGAGGCCGAUCCAAACUGCGCCAUGGCAUUCUGGGGUAUCGCCUACGCUAUCGGUCCGAAUUACAACAAGGCGUGGUCCCGAUUUGACCGGCAAGAUCUCAAAGCCAGUAUCGAGACAGCCACUUCCGCGUUGAGUCGUGCUGCUGAACUAGCAGAACAGGCGACUCCUGUUGAGAAAGCUAUCAUCAAAGCACUCUCUGCGAGGUUCCCGGUAGGAAACAUACCGGAUGAUCUAGGAGUAUUGAAUCUGGCCUACGCCGAUGCCCUUCGUCCGGUAUACCAGGCCUAUCCGAAUGACCUAGAAGUCAUCACGCUCUUCGUCGAAGCACUAAUGUGCAUCAGUCCUCGAGCACUUUGGAGUCUAGAAACCGGAAAGCCAACCGGCCCUCACACUGUUGAAGCCCGUGAGAUUCUCGAGUCCGCAAUGGCAAAGCAUACAGAUGGCCCGGAGAAUCCAGCCUUUCCCCAUCUGUAUAUCCAUCUCAUGGAGAUGUCACCAUUCGCGGAACUGGCACUACCCGGCGCUGAUCGGUUACGUCGUCUUGUUCCCGAUGGCUCGCAUAUGCUGCACAUGCCCACGCAUAUCGACAUUGCAUGCGGCGAUUACCGCCGUGCAGUCGACUCCAACCAUGAAGCCAUGGUGUCUGACGACAAGUACUUUGCGAGGGAGACAGGAUCGGUGAUUUACACCAUGUAUCGUGCGCAUAACGUCUACGCGAAGACGUACGCAGCCAUCAUGUCCGGUCGAUCCAAGGAUGCCAUCUGCGCUGCAAAGAAGCUGUGGGAUAUUGUUGACGUGCCAUUACUGUCCAUCCGCAGUCCCCCAAUGGCCGACUGGGUAGAAAGCUUCCUGGGUGCAUUGCCACAUGCGCUAGUUCGGUUUGGUCGGUGGGAGGAGAUUCUCUCGCUGGAAUUGCCGACUGAUAAGGAACUGUUCUGCUCAACGACAGCUAUGAUACACUACGCGCGUGGCAUUGCAUUCAGCGUACUCGGUCGAACUGACGAGGCUGAUACAGAAUUGACCCACUUUGAAGCCGCCCGUGCUGCUGUCCCUGAAACACGUCUGAAUAGCAUUCCGACCAAGGAGAGCGACGUCCUCAACGUCGGAGGAGCCAUGCUGAAAGGCGAACUGGAAUACCGCAAGGGAAACUAUGAUAUCGCAUUCUCUUCUCUGCGAAAGGCAGUCGAAUUGGAAGAUGCACUACCAUACUCUGAUCCACAUCCCUGGAUGCAGCCCGUUCGACAUGCUCUCGGUGCGCUUCUCCUCGAACAAGGGCACGUAACCGAGGCAGAGACGGUUUACCGUGAAGACCUCGGACUGAGUAAAUCGUUUCCCCGGCGAAAGGCUCGACCAAAUAAUGUUUGGGGAUUGCAUGGGUUGUAUGAGUGUUUGGUGCGUGGUGGUAAGGAGGAGGAAGCGUUGUUGAUUCAGAUGCAGCGGGAUAUCGCGAUGGCUUGUGCUGACGUGGCUAUUGCUGCUUCCUGUUAUUGUCGACUGUCUGUGACGAAGUCGACUUGCUGCAGGGAUUAAAUUGUAUGACUAG